CAGUAUACCUCUGCUUUUCAUUGGUUCACUCAUCAUCAUCAGCACCAGGGAAGCUGAACAGCGCCAGAGGACGCAUAGCUUUCGGAGAAAAAAGGAGACAAGACAGAAUCCCUAAUGAAUCCUUAAUGUGUCUGACUUCAUCAAGCCAUGCGGCGACAAUUCGAUACAUUGAUUGUCUGAUUGGAUAGAACUGUGGUAGGCUAUAUCAUUUCUCUUUUCUUAAACAAUUGUUUUUCACCUGCUGAUUUAUCGAGGCGAGAAGCUGUUGUUCAGACAAUUCUGCAGAGAGGAAGCAAGCGUUCAAUGAAAAAUGCGGGAAUUCUCCGCUUUGGCCUUGUUUUUAACCAUCGUUUUACUGUCAUAGUGAGGAAUGCCGGGUGGUGUAGAUUGUCAAUGUCAUCGCUCCGAUCAAGUGCACCUUGUGAGCCGCCAGCGCCGCAUCAACAAGCAUCACGACCACCACCCGACGGGGACAUCGACACGACGCCUCUGAGUCCGCCGCUCUCCUCCGGCUUGUGACAUGACAGCCCGGGGAAGAAAGAAGAGGAUCAAGCGGCACAGACCUGCAAGCGGACGUGUGGAUUUGAAUACAAAGGCCGCGGGUAACAAUCAUUUUGAGGGGCUGGAGCCCACGGAAGCCCGGACUGCAAGAGAGGGCAGUGCCACACAGACACCGACAGGCUACACCUGCGAUACGAGACAUAGAGAGGAUCCCAUAUCACCAACUGCUGUUAUUUCAUCUGUUCCCCUAUUCCAAGAUCAGGCCACCUAUCUGUUUUGUCUUCGUGCGUAAAUGUGGAUGGAACUGAUUGCGUUUUUGGAUAAAAUGCAUUGACUAAUGUGCCAUUUUAACUAUAGCGUCUGGAUUCAAUGGGACGUGACAGAGAUUGAUGACACAUUUAUCCCAAGUCCACAGUGUUAUCAUCCCGUCAAGUCCCCCUGACUAGAACCCUAACCUCAUCAUGGGCUGCAUACAGAGCAUCACCUGUAAGUCGCGCAUCAAACGUGAAAACAUAGUGGUCUACGACGUUUCCGCCACUAUCGACCACUGCCCAACAAUCAUUGAGGAGAAUUCGCCUAUAGUGUUGCGCUACAAGACGCCCUAUUUCAAGGCCUCUGCACGGAUAGUGAUGCCCCCUAUUCCCCGUAAUGAGACUUGGGUGGUGGGUUGGAUCCAGGCAUGCACCCAGAUGGAAUUCUACAACACCUACAACGACAUCGGCAUGUCUAGCUGGGAGCUACCAGAGCUGUGUGAGGGUCUUGUGAGGGCCAUCAGUGACUCAGAUGGGGUGAGCUACCCCUGGUACGGCAACACCACCGAGACGGUCACCCUGACGGGGCCCACCUCCAAGCCCUCUCGCUUUACCGUCAGCAUGAACGAUAACUUCUACCCCAGUGUGACCUGGGCAGUGCCCAUCAGCGACAGUAACCUGCCCCUGCUCACCCGCAUCAAGAGGGACCAGAGCUUCACCACAUGGCUGGUGGCCCUCAACACAGCCACGCGGGAGAAGAUCCUGCUGCAGACGGUCAAGUGGCGGAUGAGGGUGGACAUCUUGGUGGACCCCUCCAUGCCCCUGGGCUCCAGAGCCACCCUGAUGGGCCGGACGCACCAGGACCAGCCCCGCGUCCUAACCCGCAUGGAGCCUAUCCCCCCCAACGCCCUGGGGAGGCCCAACGCCAACGACGCCCAGGUGCUGAUGUGGAGGCCCAGGAAGGGCCCGCCUCUGGUGGUCAUCCCUCCUAAGUAGAGAACGAAGGAGAGAGGGAGGGGAGGUGGAACUAUGGGACCGGACAUCCAGCCAUGAUGAGAUCAAUAUGGACACCUGCCUUAAAUCUCCACCACUGCCUUUGAGUAGAGCGGGAGAAGACCAUUGCCUGGAUCGGGUUUAAAUACAGGACAGACCUACAGACGGACCCCUGCCUUAAUAAAGUAAUUUGGCCUGGAGAAGCAAGGAGGACUUGUGGGUGUGCCAGGCCCAGCAGGCUUCAGAGUAGGCUACACUCCAGGGGAGCAGCCUGUAACCUAUCGCACACCAUACUGCCUCACGGAGAUGACAGAGCAGCCAUCUUUAAUCACAGAUUGCUCUGGGUCUAUGACAGUGAUGUAGAGGGCUGUAUCUCAAAUGGAGCCCCAUUACUCUUUGGCUCUGGUUAAAGGUAAUGCAGUAUGUGGAGAAUGCGUUGCCAUGUGAGACUAGCCGAAGGUGUGAGAGGCACAAGAGUACAUGUAUGUGGCUUUAUGGGUAUAAUACAGGUGGUAUUGAGGUGUAUAAUGUAUUUUAUAUGUAAGAACAAAGAUUGUGGUACAUUUAAAGUCAGCCUUCAUGCUCAGUACAGUUACAGAAAGGGAUGGAUGUGUUACUGGGAGAGGGGAAAGACAGGGUCUCUAAAGCAAUCUACAGCAGCCCCAAUGAGAACAGCAGUGUAGGCCAGGCCAGGUAGUAGAUGAGUUUCAUUACAAACGCUAUAUAUUCAUUUUCAGAAAUGUUGGUAAGUUAGCUUUUAUUGUUUAAAGAAAUAUUGAAAGAGAUGUAUGUGUUUUUUCA